GGCCGCACCGCGCAGGCGCAGUUGGCUUCUCACUUUUUUUUUUUAAUCCCCGCACCAAGCACUUAACCUCAUUGGGGUGGAGGAGAAGGCGGCGGCUGUCCGGUCCGCGGCCCCAACAGUAGUGAAUAAUAAGAGCUAAUGGACUGCUGAAUUAUGAAGUAUGUCAGACUCACUCAUAGAUCAUCACUCCGCCACUCUCUCCUUUAUCGCCUACUAGUUAUUUAAAUUGGACUUUUAAUAUCCUACCAGCUGCUCUUCAGACACACAUGGUGCAUUGCUGCCAUUCCCCGGAUUGCAUCUUUGAAACACACGCUCUUAGUAGCCUUCAGCGAACAAAGAGGCCACCUCCCGGUACAGCUACCGGGAGGGAGUCAUCCUGACUGCCCUCUAGCCUUGGCCGGAUCUGGAUUUGAAUUCUACCAUGGAACCUCGAAUGGAGUCCUGUCUGGCCCAGGUGCUGCAGAAGGAUGUAGGGAAACGGCUGCAGGUUGGCCAGGAACUCAUAGACUAUUUCUCAGACAAGCAGAAGUCUGCUGACCUUGAACAUGACCAGACCAUGUUAGAUAAGCUUGUGGAUGGACUCGCUACCUCUUGGGUGAACUCUAGCAAUUACAAGGUGGUUCUCCUGGGCAUGGACAUCCUGUCUGCACUGGUGACAAGGCUGCAGGACCGGUUCAAGGCACAAAUAGGCACCGUGUUGCCAAGUCUAAUAGACAGACUGGGAGAUGCUAAGGACUCCGUGAGGGAGCAAGACCAAACCCUGCUGCUAAAGAUCAUGGAUCAAGCUGCUAACCCCCAGUAUGUGUGGGACAGAAUGCUCGGAGGCUUCAAACACAAGAACUUCCGCACGAGAGAGGGCAUCUGCCUCUGCCUUAUUGCAACACUCAAUGCCUCUGGGGCACAGACUCUAACACUAAGCAAGAUCGUGCCACAUAUAUGUAACCUACUGGGAGAUCCCAACAGCCAGGUUAGAGACGCAGCAAUAAACAGUCUGGUGGAGAUUUACAGACACGUAGGCGAACGAGUGAGGGCAGACCUCAGUAAGAAAGGGCUGCCACAGUCCCGGUUGAAUGUCAUUUUUACAAAAUUUGAUGAAGUCCAAAAGUCUGGAAACAUGAUACAGUCUGCAAAUGAUAAGAAUUUUGAUGAUGAGGAUUCUGUGGAUGGAAACAGACCUUCUUCUGCCAGCUCCUCUUCAUCCAAGGCUCCAUCCAGUUCCCGGAGGAAUGUUAGCAUGGGGACUACCCGUCGACUUGUAUCAUCCAGUCUUGGAUCUAAGUCUUCAGCUGCAAAAGAAGGUGCUGGUGCUGUGGAUGAAGAGGAUUUUAUUAAAGCCUUUGACGAUGUGCCCGUAGUGCAGAUUUACUCUAGCCGAGACCUGGAGGAAUCCAUAAACAAAAUUAGAGAGAUCCUAUCAGAUGACAAGCAUGACUGGGAACAGAGAGUCAAUGCCCUAAAAAAGAUGAGGUCAUUGCUCUUGGCUGGGGCUGCUGAGUACGAUAACUUCUUUCAACACUUACGUCUUCUGGAUGGAGCCUUUAAACUCUCAGCUAAGGACCUGCGGUCUCAGGUAGUGCGGGAAGCUUGCAUCACAUUGGGGCAUCUGUCAUCAGUUCUGGGAAAUAAGUUUGAUCAUGGAGCUGAAGCCAUUAUGCCAACCAUCUUCAAUUUAAUCCCAAACAGUGCCAAAAUUAUGGCUACUUCUGGUGUUGUAGCUGUUAGGCUAAUCAUUCGGCACACGCACAUCCCUCGGCUAAUCCCUGUCAUAACAAGCAACUGUACCUCUAAGUCUGUCGCAGUUAGAAGGCGCUGUUUUGAAUUUUUAGAUUUACUUUUACAAGAAUGGCAGACACAUUCACUAGAAAGACACAUAUCAGUAUUAGCUGAAACAAUAAAGAAAGGAAUACAUGAUGCCGAUUCUGAAGCAAGAAUAGAAGCCAGAAAAUGUUACUGGGGUUUCCACAGUCACUUCAGCCGAGAAGCAGAGCACUUGUACCACACUUUGGAAUCCUCCUACCAGAAGGCCCUGCAGUCCCACUUGAAGAACUCAGACAGCAUCGUGUCUCUGCCUCAGUCAGACAGGUCUUCUUCCAGCUCUCAAGAGAGUCUCAACCGGCCCCUUUCUGCCAAGAGAAGUCCCACCGGCAGCACCACAUCCAGAGCCUCUACAGUUAGUACCAAAUCUGCGUCGACGGCAGGAUCCCUCCAGCGGUCUCGAAGCGAUAUUGACGUGAAUGCAGCAGCCAGUGCCAAAUCCAAAGUCUCCUCAUCCUCAGGCUCCACUGCCUUCAGCUCUGCAGCAGCGUUGCCUCCAGGGUCCUAUGCAUCUUUAGAGUCCAGACACGUGAGGGAAGACUUGGAGUACGUAGGCCUGGAUGCAGGUCGGAUCCGCACGAGACGGCAAAGCUCGGGGAGUGCCACCAAUGUUGCCUCCACACCGUCAGACAGUCGGGGCCGCAGUCGCGCCAAAGUGGUUUCACAGUCUCAGCGAUCCAGAUCUGCUAACCCCGCUGGUGCUGGCAGCCGGUCAAGUUCCCCUGGGAAGCUGUUGGGAAGUGGCUAUGGUGGACUUGCUGGGGGUUCCUCAAGAGGCCCACCUGUAACUCUGUCUUCAGAAAAACGAAGCAAGAUUCCCAGGAGUCAGGGAUGUAGCCGAGAAACAAGUCCUAAUCGGAUAGGAUUAGCACGGAGCAGCCGUAUCCCCAGACCCAGCAUGAGUCAGGGGUGCAGCCGCGAUACCAGCCGUGAGAGCAGCCGCGAUACAAGCCCUGCUCGGGGCUUCGCUCCACUCGCCUCUCGACGUCAUUCCAGGUCCACUAGUGCUCUCUCCACUGCUGAAUCUGUUGGGCAGUCAGAUCGGUUUGGGCUGGGCCAGUCAGGACGAAUCCCUGGUUCCGUGAAUGCCAUGCGAGUAUUGAGCACCAGCACGGACCUAGAAGCUGCGGUGGCUGACGCGCUGCUGUUAGGAGACGCCAGGAGCAAGAAGAAGCCUGUGAGGAGGAGGUACGAGCCCUAUGGAAUGUACUCUGAUGAUGAUGCCAACAGUGACGCCUCCAGUGUGUGCUCUGAGCGCUCAUACGGCUCCAGGAAUGGUGGCAUUCCCCAUUAUCUGCGGCAGACUGAGGAUGUAGCAGAAGUUCUCAACCACUGUGCUAGUUCCAACUGGUCAGAAAGGAAAGAGGGGCUCCUGGGCCUGCAGAACUUACUGAAGAGCCAAAGAACACUGAGUCGAGUAGAACUGAAGAGAUUGUGUGAGAUUUUCACCCGAAUGUUUGCUGACCCUCACAGCAAGAUUGCUGAUUCAGAAGCAGAAUGUGAGGAUAAAGAAGGAAAUUUGUUACCAUCAGAAGGCUCUUGUCCAAGAGUUUUCAGUAUGUUUUUGGAGACCCUCGUGGACUUUAUCAUCAUUCAUAAGGAUGACUUGCAAGACUGGCUUUUCGUCCUGCUUACACAGUUACUUAAGAAAAUGGGAGCAGACUUACUUGGAUCUGUGCAGGCGAAAGUUCAGAAGGCACUGGAUGUCACCAGGGAUUCUUUUCCCUUUGAUCAACAGUUUAACAUUUUGAUGAGAUUUAUUGUGGAUCAGACUCAGACUCCAAACCUCAAGGUAAAAGUUGCCAUCCUGAAGUACAUCGAGUCUCUGGCCAGGCAGAUGGACCCCACGGAUUUUGUAAACUCGAGCGAAACAAGGCUUGCUGUUUCUAGAAUCAUAACAUGGACUACAGAACCAAAGAGCUCAGACGUGAGAAAGGCAGCACAGAUUGUGCUCAUCUCUCUGUUUGAAUUGAACACUCCCGAAUUUACCAUGUUACUUGGUGCCUUGCCAAAAACAUUCCAGGAUGGUGCCACCAAACUCCUGCAUAACCACCUCAAGAACUCCAGUAACACCAGUGUGGGAUCUCCAAGCAAUACCAUUGGCCGGACGCCUUCCCGACACCCCAGCAGCAGGACCAGCCCCCUGACCUCACCCACCAACUGUUCCCAUGGGGGACUAUCUCCAAGUCGGUUGUGGGGCUGGAGUGCCGAUGGGCUAUCGAAGCCCCCACCUCCCUUUUCUCAGCCUAACUCCAUUCCCACCGCUCCCUCCCACAAGACUCUCAGGCGCUCUUACUCUCCCAGCAUGCUGGACUAUGAUACAGAAAACUUGAACUCUGAAGAAAUCUACAGCUCUUUGCGUGGAGUUACAGAAGCCAUCGAAAAGUUCAGCUUCCGAAGCCAAGAGGACCUGAAUGAGCCAAUUAAGCGAGAUGGCAAGAAAGAUUGUGAUAUUGUGUCCCAAGACGGGGGAGCAGCCUCACCUGCCACCGAGGGCCGGGGAGGUGGUGAGAUGGAAGGAGGCAGGAUGGCUUUGGACAACAAGACCUCCCUGCUCAACACACAACCUCCACGUGCCUUCCCGGGGCCGCGAGCACGGGAAUAUAACCCAUAUCCCUACUCGGACACCAUCAAUACCUAUGACAAGACAGCUCUGAAGGAGGCGGUGUUUGACGAUGACAUGGAGCAGCUCCGCGAUGUGCCCAUUGACCAUUCGGACCUGGUGGCUGACUUGCUGAAAGAGCUCUCUAACCACAACGAGCGUGUGGAGGAGCGGAAGGGGGCACUGCUGGAGCUGCUCAAGAUCACCAGGGAGGACAGCCUGGGCGUGUGGGAGGAGCACUUCAAGACCAUCCUGCUGCUGCUGCUGGAAACUCUAGGGGACAAAGAUCACUCUAUUCGAGCUCUGGCACUGAGAGUUUUACGGGAGAUUCUGAGAAACCAGCCAGCAAGAUUCAAAAACUACGCAGAACUGACCAUCAUGAAGACUCUAGAAGCUCACAAAGACUCCCACAAAGAGGUGGUGCGGGCUGCUGAAGAGGCUGCAUCGACACUCGCCAGCUCCAUCCACCCAGAGCAGUGCAUCAAAGUGCUGUGCCCCAUCAUCCAGACAGCCGACUACCCCAUCAACCUGGCUGCCAUCAAGAUGCAGACUAAAGUGGUAGAGAGGAUCACCAAGGAGUCCUUGCUGCAGCUGCUGGUCGACAUCAUCCCUGGCCUGCUGCAGGGUUACGACAACACCGAGAGCAGUGUGCGGAAGGCCAGCGUGUUUUGCUUAGUGGCAAUCUAUUCCGUAAUCGGAGAAGAUCUGAAACCUCACCUGGCACAGCUCACGGGGAGUAAGAUGAAGCUGCUGAACUUAUACAUAAAAAGGGCCCAGACCACCAACAGCAACAGCAGCUCUUCCUCUGAUGUGUCCACACACAGCUAGUGGCCAUGCCAGUCUGUGAAGAACACAUAGUGGUGGUUGGUGCCUCUGAGAAGCUCCAUCAGCUGCCCAGUCCACUCGAGGAGGCCACACAUAAUUUAUUACAAUCAGUAUUUUGGUCCCUUCCAGCUUUUGUGUAGAAUUUUGCUGGUAUUGAAUGUAACGGAAGCAAGGCCUGUGAUGCAGUCUCCCUAGAAACAAAAGGACUGAGAAAUGAAGAGCCAUACUUACACGUGUCUUGCACGCCUGCUGACAUCACCCAAUCAUGGAGGGCACAGUUCUUAGAACCCAGAGCUCUCCACCAGUGCUUGGUACACAGUAGCCUAUUUCUUCAGUCCAUACAGACUUGGGGUGGUUUGGGGUGUUGCUGUGUGUUCUUUAUGCUUAUGUUCUUAGAGUGUGGUCAGAUGGGACAAGGACCCCCCACCACCACCACCUAUUUUCCAUCUGACACUGGGAAAGGCUGUGUGUGUCUUUAGGUUUUGUCUUAAAGAGACCUUGUCAAAGUGGGAUUGCAGUCUGGGCAAGAAAAGGACAGCAACCUGGAGCUGGCCUCAUGACAAACAAAUGAGCUUGGCCUCUUGUGCAGACAGGAGCUAACUGCCCUGUCUUUGGAAAUAGGAUCAGUAAUGCCACCAAGUUUCCAUGGUUGCAUUAAAUAAAAGGUGACUACAGAAUGCCGAGAUUGGAAACAGGCUUACAUUGUGUUUCCUUCCCAGGGAAUCACUGGCCUAACCUCUUGAAGGUCUUUUGAUGUAGGAACUAAGGUAGUGUCUGGCUAAAUGUAUUUUGAGUACAAUUCUCAAGCCAAAUGACAAUUUUUAAUGCAAUCAUGCAAACUUUCCUAGGCUGGCCUUGGACUUGGUAUCCUCUUGCCUCCUGCCUGUAGCCUCGCAAGUACUGUGGUUUAUAGUUAGGGGCCAUGAGCCCAGCAAGAGACACUUUGGGGGUGUAAAUUGUAGCAAAGCAUGCACUCUUCCAGUGCAGAGCCCACCUCAACUACUGGAGGUCAAAAGAGUGGCUGGGCACCUAAGUUCUUAGCCUUGACUCUGGCACUGAGUCUCUGACCCUCCAAAUGAUUGGGUUGGCACACACCUUUAAUCCCAGCGCUUGGAAGGCAAUGGCAAGGUGGAUAUCUGUGAGUUCUAGGCCAGCCUGGUCUAGAGUUAGUUCCAGGACAGCUGGGGCUAUCUAGAGACUGUCUCAAAGAAACAAUCAAAAAGAGAGAGGUUGGGAAAGCCCAAUGCUGUAUUUGGAAAUACACUGAAAAUGAAGGCCCUUAUCUGUGUGUGUGUGUGUGUGUGUGUGUGUGUGUGUGUGUGUGUGUGUGUGUGUGUGUGUGUGUGGUUCACACAUGUAACUGCCCCACUGCUGCUGUUCAGAGAACUCGGGGGUGCAUUUUAUGGGAUUUGCUGUUAUUGACUGGUUUGGAAUCAAAAUACAGCAGGACCAGACUUGACUUUGGGCUGAAAAGAAAAAACUCCUGUCUGUUGAGAGUUCAUUAAUGAAAUUCCUUUUCACCCUCCACUAGAGUCCCUCAGUGUUGUAGCCACUGCCUCGUGGAAUGGUGCAACCUGCAGGUUACUUAGGAGUUCUGUUAGGGUUAAUGCAGUUAGAAGGACCCUUCUCUGGAGUCCCCUUCCCCGCAGAUGGUCACCAGGCCCCCACGGAAACUGGACAGUUCAGAGCAUUGCCUGAUUUCCUCACAGCACUCACAAAGGGCUAGCCUCGAAUGUCACAUGCCCUCUUCACCCUGAGUAGAGAGAGUACAAUCAUUUCACAGGUCUCUUGGGCUCACUCUGAAGACUGCUGCCUGCAAUGCUGAGGAGACUCGCAUGCUGCCACCACCACCUCACGGAGGGCGACGGCGCCUCACGGAGGGCGACUGCGCGCUCUCGGAACCCUGAUGGCUACAGCUGCCUUGCCUUGCCUCCACCUCCUCAAAGAACUCUGUUCAAAGCACCUCGUCCCUGAAGGACUGUGCCCAACUCCCACCUAUCUGACUAUCCAGGGCCUCGAAACCCCCUACCCUGCGUCCAGGGGGGACUGCUCAUCUGAUUUCCUGCUUCCUGGCAAGCUGCCCCCCUCUGCUGGACAGGCGCUCUCCAGGUGCACUCGUGUGCCAGGCGGACCUGGUGCCCACAGACGGCCUGGGCUCGCCUUACCUAUGGGUCACUAGCUUUUCAACACCUGUGCAGGUAACGCGACAGGUCUGUCUCAGACAUCUUCUGUUUCUUUCUCUGCCACUCUUACGGAAACUCCCACUUUAAAAGACGGCAGAUCAGAACUUUGUAGACCCCCCAGCCAGGACUCUGCUAACAAUGUUCGGAAGAAAUAAUUGCUCUGAAAACAAUCCGCCACCAAAAUAGUUCACACGCAUGGUCCCUGUGCCCCCAGAUUGGGUGUUGUUUGUUUGGGGUUUUUUGGGGGCUUUUUUCAUGUUACAUCCAUAUCUGUAUUUAUAUCUUAUUUGUUUCACCUUCCAAGUGUAUCAUGGCAAAUGUACAGAUUUUUUUUGUUGUUGUUAAUAAUGUGCUUAGGAUUUGCUAAAAAACAAAAAUUAAAAAAAAAAAAAGACCUUGA